AUGAGCAUCCGCUCCAAUACACUCUCAAUGAAUGCAAAAUCUUCGCAAAAAUCAAAAAAGUUCAGUAUGAAACUUUAUAGUUUUGAAGGCGAUGAAGAGAAAGCAACAUGGUGGAAUAAAGUAAUCAAUAUUGAACGUACUACAUUUGAAGGAUUUAAUUAUAUUGAAACGAAUUUGAUGAUAUCAGAAAUUUCCGAUAAUGGAGUACAACGUUGUACAAUGGCUUAUGUUAAUUAA